UGUAGGGAGGGCAGUCAUCACGCCAUCCUGAGCAGCAAGAGCUGACGUUGGAUGAAGCUGCCAGGUAGCUGAAAAAAGGCACAGAAGGCAGCUGAUACCCACUUUUCAACGGUUUGUGUUUUUUUUAGUCUGUAUCUGGACUUCAAGCAACACAGCGCCUGAGACAGCUCAUCUGAACCACGCUGUAUUGCAAUACUCACUCUUCUCAAAGAAAAAGACUCCACUGAGCAGCAGAAUGCUGCCAGUGUCGCAGCCAGGUCUACAAUACAGAGCCUUUUUGUAACAUUGCACAUUUCUUUCUGUUCAGAUAUUUGAAAUACAUACAUACACUUAUAUAUCAGUUCUUUCUUUUCUGAGGACACCUUUGGCUUUUUUUUUUCCCUGAUGUGACUUCUUCAUCUUGGAAUGAUGGGGAUCUUUCUAGCUUAUAUUGGAUUCAUUUUCUUUUCAGUUAUGUAUAUUCAACAAGGACUUUCUACCCAAGCAAAAUUCACAGAGUUUCCCCGAAAUGUCACGGCCACUGAAGGGCAGAAUGUGGAGAUGUCUUGUGCUUUCCAAAGUGGCUCUACUUCAGUGUACCUUGAAAUCCAGUGGUGGUUUCUGCGGGCAGCUGAGGACCAAGAGACUGGAGCUGAGGUGACAGGAACUCAGGUGGAGUUCCUGCCCGAGCGGGACCUGGACAACGACGGCACGAAGAUCAGCACAGUGAAAGUACAAGGGAAUGACAUCUCCCACAAGCUGCAGAUUUCAAAAGUGAGGAAAAAGGAUGAAGGCUUGUAUGAGUGCAGGGUGACCGAUGCCAACUAUGGAGACCUUCAGGAGUACAAGGCCCAGGCGUUUCUCAAAGUCAAUGCUAACAGCCACUCUCGGCGAAUGCAAGCCUUUGAGGCAUCCCCAAUGUGGUUGCAAGACAUGAAACCUCGUAAAAACAUCUCAGCAGCUGUCCCAAGUAGCAUCCACAAUUCUGCCAAUCAGCGUGUACAUGCCACCUCCAGCCCCGAAGCAGCAGCCAAAAUCCCCAAACAAAGUCCACAAUCAGGUGCGAGGAUAGCUACAAGCCAUGGACUUUCUGUCCUGCUUCUUGUUUGUGGCUUUGUGAAGGGUGCUUUGCUUUAAUCUAAAAGUGCUGACUUUUUCCAAUAUCACUUUCUCUUCUUAAAGCAAAGAGCAAAUCGCCUGUAAAAUCCACGGAGCGGACAGCAAAGUUGACCCUAACCUCCAACCACCACUCUGCACCCAAUGUACUCUAAAUCUCUACACAAGGAGCACCUUCUUCAGGAAGUACAAACAAAAUUACUAAAUAAAUAAAAUAAAAUAAAAUAAAUAUUAUAAAAAAGAAGAGGAUACCACAUGUUUUCUUGAUAUAUCUUAUUUUCUUUGGCUUAUCACUGAUAUUUUAUUUGAAGAGAACUGGUGUGAUGUAAUCAAACGUUUUGUAACAGCAAGACCUAGUUUCCUUUUCUUUUGGCAAGGAGAAGCCUCAUCCUUAACUUCUCAGGGGUUGGCCUGCGAGUCCUCAGUUUUACAGAAUUUACCAUGGAUGACAUUUGGUUUCCUACGCUGAAAGAACCGUUCCAGCCUGGAAGCAAAAAGAGGCCAAAUAAUGAAACAAACUACAGUGAUUGAACAUAAAUAGAAUACAAACAAACUUUAUCAAAAAGUCUUUUUUUUUCUUUUCUUUUUUUUUUUUUUUUGCAUGAGGAAUAGGAAUAUUCUACUAAGCAGCUCAGCAGACUAGGGGAUGUUGUUUCUGAAAAACAUAUAAGGAUAUUUUUCUUUUAAGAUUUUUUUCUUUUUGCUUUCCAAUAUAUUAUUCUUUUCACCCUUUGAGGUUUUUUUCCUGUCUUUCUGUUUGUUUCUUGUUCAGUGAUGGCAAGUACCAACUUAGGCCAACCCCUGAUGACUAUGUGGAGGUUUAUAUAUAUACAUCCCUUUUUUUGUGUGUGCGUGUGCGUUCUAUAUUUCAGUGUGUUUUCUCUAAUUUUGCAACUCCUGUAUAUGCAAAACCAACCUAAAUUCUGUAAAUUGCUUACAGUCUGUGUGAUAUAACUUCAGAGUAGACAUACUUUGGUCCUCAUGCAAGCCAGUUUUUAAUAUUAUCUAUAUGUCGUGCCACCAAGAAACAUCUUUAUUUCCUCUUUUGACAAAACACCACUUUUUAGUUUUUAAUUCAGUAAUGUGUGGAUUUUGUAAUGCAUAUCUUCACUUUGACUGGUUUGACCCCCUUCAGCCCUCUGUUUACUCUGUAAAUGCACAUUAAAAUUUGUUAUGGUCUCUAGAAAAUGAAUUCUUUUAGUUUGUAUGUUGUGUUGGAGUUCAGAUGCUGAAAGCUCUUUGAACUUGUGACGUUUAUAGAAGAUGAAGUGAUUCAAUCACUAGAGACUGUAAAAUGCAGGUUUGCAGUCAAAUACUGCACAUAAAGGAAGGUUAGAAACAGAAAACAGACAAAUAAACCAGAACAUGUCUUUAAGGAAGUUCUUUUGGUAAAGAGUUUUAGAAAGCGAAUUUCUUACACUGAUAAAAUAUAUUUGCAUCACAGCUCCUUCUACAUGGCCAAAGAAGUGUCUUUCUUUGCUUUUUCUGAAAGUGGAUUGUCAUUACUCAUUGAUAUUCUUAAUUAAAAUACUUUUUGUCUGUGAACUGAAUGUGAGAAUUUUGCUGUUGAAUGAUGUAAUAUGUGUUACAUGAAUUACAUUCAUUAAUGCAGGAAGCAAAAAUUGCUACCAUUUGCAGCUGCAAUCAGGAAGGUUUUUUGCUUUUUCCCGUCUUUCCACUGAUGCUGAAAAAUUCACACCCUUUCAUUUAUCAGCACAGACAAUCACAUACACCACAUGCUUAUUAUGAUCUAUUUAUAGCAGCAUUAAGUAGCUGCAGUGUGGUCAGCUGUGUGAUUUCUCCUCACUUUGUAAGUACUGCAGAAGAAAUUUUAAAAGUAUGUUUAUAAUCUCACCAGUCUGUGGUCUACAGGCCUAACAUUUUAUUUCAAAAUGCUCGUAAGUCCGAUGUCUUCCCCCAUUACUUUCAAAGGAUAAAGAACAAAUAAAGGCAUAGAAUCAACAUUUUGUUAACCCAAUGCUUCAGAACAGGAUAACAUAUUUGUGCAGAUCUAAUUUUCCAUAAAUUCUGCAGUAUAAGCUUGACUGGGAGUAGUCAGUCUUCAGUUUUAGACAAGUCUUAGCAGUAAUAAAGAGAGCAGAAGUUCGGCAUAAUACAAAAAAAAAAUCAGGUGUAACCAUCAGUAGAAAUAAAAUUUCUUUUAUUUCAACAUAAAAUUUAUGAUCCACUUAGAAUGUUGUAUAUUGAGAAAGUUUUUCUCCAUAGUUAUAACAGUUUAUUAGGCUACUGACAAAGAAAUUAAAAACUGCCCCCAUUAAAAUGUACCAAAUCAAAGUCAAUAUUGUGGAUCAGAGAGGAAACAAGGAGGAAAGAAAAAGUCAAGGGUCGGAGCUUUUUAAAGUCUCACUUUCUGAACACACCUGUGGAACCAAACUUUGAGGGUUCUGGAGAAAAAUCUCCAUUUUCUUUCUGAAAUGGAUAUCUAUGACUGGAUUAUGUGAGAAUCUCUUGCUUGGAGCUUGGAAACUUCAGUUUCCAUUGGUCUUAACUGGAACCAAAUGCUUAAUGUCACAUUACUGUAUUGCUUACUGUAUCCAUAUAUCUUGUAUGAAUAUUCCAUGUAUGCACAUAGAGACUACCCAUCAUGGCAUAUGGAAUUUGACAGCACAGUUUAACCUCACAUUGCUUAAGUUGUUACUAUGUAAAACUGAUACUGUGUUUUGCUUUAUGCUGUUAGCUGCUUGGAUAUAAAUCACCAUGUACUAGGAAUUCAAAUUAAAGAACGAGCUGAAAUUAAAAGCAGAAUUCUAGAUCACUUGGAUUAGUGUGAUGCAAACCCAAAGACAAUGCCAUGUUGGGAUCUGCUAUUGUACAACUGUGUCAGCAAAAAAAAAAUGGACAAAAGAAAUCUGUAGGACUUUUGAAAAGCCUUUACGAUUUCCAUGAGAUGCCAAUAGUACGCAGAAAUUGUCCUCCUUUCCCUCUUGAAAUAACAUACCCAAAUUCUUUAGAUUAGGCUGAUUGAGCCCUUCUGAUUGCAGAUCUAGAGCACAGCUUUCGUUUCAGCCAAUCUGUGUGGAUGCAGCAGCAACAGGAACAGGUAUUACAUUUUUAUGUUUUAAACUGUGUCUUAACAGCUAUUCUUCAAAUUAAGAAUCCACCUGGAUUUUCUCAAAAUGGAAGUUAAGAUACAGUAGACACCCUUGUUUCUAAGAAUUCUGUUUUGAAUAAUAUUUGGCAUAGGAAUGAUACUACUACCAUUUUCUGCCAGGUGCAGUUCUUGUUUAGACUUAACACAAAUAGAUUUUUAAAAAGGAGCUUCAUUAAAUCCUGAAAAGCUCCUUGUUGAGUGGGGUAUCUAGAAAGGGAAUUUGCAUCUAGCAUUCGUAACAUCUCUCAACCCAAUGUCCUUAUCCCUUUUACAAAAUGAGCCCAGUUUUGAGGUGGUCUUUUACAUGACUCACGCUUCUCAAUUUGUGUCCCCAAAGCCUCGUUGCAUAUGGUGACAUUCUUCAGGUCUUUCCAACAGGUUUUGCUUUUUAUAGAAGAAUAAACAUGGGUGAGUAUGAAACGCUUUUGUAUUCAAGGUAUAUGCCACCUACACUCACACACUUUGUGAUCUGAUGUGUCAUCAGGCUGAAAGAAACAUGUUCCAGCCCCAUGAGGUGUCAGUGACAGCCUUUGUAUUACAUGGGAAAAGGAUCCAUGGCAUUUUGGUACUGCUACCAGGGAUUAGUACUGCAACAGAGCCUGUCUCAAAAAUUCUCCUUUCCAAUGGUUACUAAAUAUUCUUUUAAGCUCUGGAACCUCAUGCAUAGAAGUUGCUGCAUAAAAUAUUUGAAUGUCUCUUUCUUAAUUGUAUUUGGUAAACUUUGCAAAGAAAUUUGUGGAGCAUGAGAAGGCUCAGACCAUAGAUUUAAAAAAUCUUGGCAGACUAAUUUAAGAUUGAAAUUACUCAGAACUUCUAUUAAGAAAGGUACUAGAAAAUUUGAAAGGUAAACACAGAAUCUAUCAAAAGUAAUUGUUAUUUCUUUUUCAUUCUCAAUAUUAAAUAUUUACAUUUCAGCACUACCUGAAGGCAAAGAUCAGAAGUAGAUAUAAACAUGAGACACCAUGGCAAAAAUGAUAGGACUCUUUGGAAGUUCAUACUUUUUCAUCUAAUUCAGUGCUACUGUGAUUCAAGACCAGAACAUAUGCUGAAACCAGUUUUUUUUCACAUUGAUUCUUUAAAGUACUUUCUCUUUUUUCAAAUAAAGUGAGGAAACAGUGGCUAGUGAAAGAAAUCUUAAUGCUUGCCUGGUAUUUUUUAACUUUUAAUGAUCUUUAAUUUCUAAUGACCUUAACUUCUAACUUCAUCUUAAGUGAUGUCAUAAUUUAAAUCAUUAUUUUAAAAAAUCCAACAAAAUCCCCCUCCCUCCAAAAAACCAAAACUGACACAGCUAACAAACUUAAAUUCCUUCCUUAAAAAAAAAAAAAAAAUUCAAACCUUUGUCAUUUGCAGGGUAUGGGAACAUUUUUCCAUGACAUUACUACUGAGGUAAAUGUCAAACGUUGUUUAUAGAGCUAAAAGCAUUAGGAACCAAGAUUGGGAUCAUCAUACUUUGUAAUAUAAAUUUUUAAAGGUUAAUCUUACAUUAUUAGCUCAGCUAAACAAUGCUAAGCACACAGUAAAUUGAUUAAUGCAACUCGCUAUAAAUGCCUUCAAUCUUUUGUUCUGAGCUUCCUAAAUAUUGAUUUAUUUCAUUUCACUGUCAUAAAGUUUGCACAUACAUUGACAUAACUGAAAGAUUAUACAUAGUUUUUCUACUGUAAUUCAUGCAAAGAAAUGUAAGAAGAAAGUUAAAUUUGUCUGUAACAAUGAAUUACAAUCAACUGGAGAAGAUACUUGCAAAGAAACAAAUGUGUGCUUUCUUGAGAGUAAAGUUUCAUUGCAAUUCAUUACUUAAAUUCUCCUUUUUGAGCUUUUUUUUUUUUUUGACAACAUUUCAAUCAACUACUAAAACAAUACUAUAUAUCUUAUUACUCCUUACAAGGUGACAGGAAAAAAUAAUGUCACCUUUAUUAUGAAAAAUCUAGGGGGAAAAACAAAUUUUUGCAUUCAACAGCAUUUUAAACUCUCACUGUUUACAGUGUCCUAUCACAUCAAAAUAUCUUGAGAUAUAUUAAUAUAUAUAUAUAUAGAGAGAGAUAUAUAUAGAUAUAGAUAUAGAUAUAUAUAAUUUGAUUUCCAACUCUAUCAUGCUGAUAAUAGAGAUGGCCUUCAGAUGGGAGCAAAUGAAUUUUUCGAUUAUUGAAAUGCUCCUUUACAUUGAUAUUACAGCACAUAAAGAGGUCUUAUGUGUGUGUGAAACUAUUUACUGAGUGACAGCUCAUAGGGAAGCCAAAACAUACAUAAUAGACUAUUAAUUCCUUUCUUUUUUUAUAUGCCAUGAACUUGAAAACAAGAGAGAAGAUUGCUUCUGAAAACUAGCUGCUUAAAAUAAACUAUUUCAUUCAAAUCUUUGAAGAAACAAAUUCCUUAAUAAAAUGACUUGUAUAACUAUAAACUUUUAAACUAUAUGGGGCUUAGAUUUUUAAGAAAAGUUAUAUAUAUAUUAUAUAUAAUAUCUUUGUACAUAAAAUUGGGAAGGAAGGAUAUAAUAACUUCUUUUGCUACUUCUGAUAGAAGAUUAUGUUUAUUGCUGCUGAUUGUCUUCAAUACUAAAUGAUUCAAAAGACCCUUUAAAUUACUGAUAACCAUACUUUGACAAAAAAAAAAAAGAUUCCAAUUUUUCUGAUCAUUUGCAAUACACUUUAGUUUCUGCAUAUUAACCAGCACUUGUUCAGGUUUUAAAAUGUUGUUUUUUCAUCCUAAUAGAAAAGAAGUAAUCCGUAUUUUAUUAAAAAUAAAUGUCAACAUGUUUAUGAAACCA